CAUCGCACACUCUCCUUCAGCAUGAAAUCCCUCCUGCAACUGUCCAGGGCCAGCUGGGGCAUCCUGGUUCUAGCUCUCUGUCUACAGUUGGUGAUCAACAACGCUCAGGAAGAUGAAGCAACAAAUAUAAAUCUGACUAUGGAAUUUCUGGACACAGCAAAUGAAACUGAAGAGACGCUUUUAAUGCUUACAUUGAGCACAGAACUGGAAGAAUGCAUGGUGGUUAGCGCUUACCUGAAAAGCAGUUUGCCAAUGGACACUUCAUUUAACCUCACACAGACCGCCUGCCUCUGUAACGAUUCCCCAAGACACCUAUACUGGCAACUUGCUGCCAACCAAACCAUGACUAUAGAGGCUCAUGCUGAUGCUGUUCCAGAACUUGGCAUCUGCCCUGACGAUGAGGCAGUGAUCCCGAUAGUGGGAAGUCAUGCUUCUGUGGAGAAGACCGUGACUCCGACAGAAGAUUAGCGGAAGCCCUGAUGUCUCUCCGACCUGUUACCCUGGAUUGUUCUCUAAGGAAACUCAAUCACAAUGGCUCUAAAAUAAAAUUCCCCGCAAGCUUC